UUGAUUAUUAAGGUUAGCAAUUCAAAAAUCUCUAAUUUUUGUUUAAAUAAAAAAUCUAAAUAUUGCAUAAGAAUGACUACAAAAGAGAUAGUUAUGAAUUAUAUGAAGAAAAGACGCAAGCCAUUUAAUUCAAUUAUAGAUCAUGGGGAUAAAGAUGAUAACUUUGAGGAUCUUGAUUUAGAAAGACCCGAAAGUUUAACACCAAUGGAAAUGGAACUUAGGAUUCAGGCCAACAGAGUGAUAUUUUCAUUAAAUAAAGCAAUUUCUAUGCUUUGUGUAAUGUCCAAUAUACCAUAUAUAUUAGAAAACGACUUUGAAAUAAUACGUAAAAACUUCCGUCCCAAGGAGAUAGCAUUUUUGAUUUACAUUUUACAAAUUUAUGAUAGUACAGACGCAAAAAAGACUGAUGAAGAAUGCAUCACGCUAUUUGGAGAAGUUUACGAUGCAAUCCAGAGGGUCAAAGUACUAAAAGCACAACGCUCCAAACAAAUGGAAAGUGAUGUUCAUGCCGUCGAUCACAAUCUAUUACAAAUAAUUAAUAUGCUUUUUACAAACAAAUGCAUCCGGCAAGAAUUAAAGGAGGAAAAAGCAAAAAAUCACGUAAAAGUCCCAUAUAUUUUAAACUUUAUAACAUACCUAGAAGAACUAAAGCAAAUCGCCAGAAAAAAACUUUUCAUCAGCGCUACUGAAGAAGAGGCUCGAGACAGGCGACUAAGACAAGCCUUUAAGUCAAAUAUGAUGCUAACAGCAGCCAUAAAAGAUUUGGAGCAGCAACUAGAAACUCAACGCACUCAACUAGGAAAUGAACUACAUAAAAAAGUUGACAUUUUUGACAAAAACAAUGCUAGAAUUGUUAGCAUUAAAGAAGAGUGCCAAAUAAGCAUAGAAAAGACAAUACAUGAAUCAGAGAAAAAAAUGAUGCAGCAAUGCUUGGAGAGUGAACAAAAGCAAGCUGCUCUGGCCAUAGAAGCUGAGACUAUUACAAAACAAUAUGAAACCUUAUUGGAAGAUAACUUUGCUGAGGAAAAAAAACUAAGAGCGAAGACCUUGAGAACAGAAACGCAGUUACAGAACUGGUUGACUAAGUAUGAUCAGGAUGUAGGGGAUAAACAAACUGAGUACGAAGAAGUUAAAGCUCAAUACGAUACAGAAAGAGAAGCCAUGGAUGAUCUGGAAGAUAAGAUGGACGCACAAGAAAAAAUGUACAUAGAACUAAUGGCCGAAAAGGAGGAGGAAGAAGAGAGAAUAUUCCAAGAAAUUGCUUAUAAGCUUUUAAUUAACAGAUCAGCAAGGAUUAUACAGAGAGCAUGGAGAGCGCAUAUACAGAGAAAGAGGUCGAGAAAGCGAGGAAAGAAGGGAAAACUCGAAAAAGCGAAAUUGCGUAUUACUAAAAAAGACGAUCCUAAUGCUGUGUUAGAGACUAAAUUCAAAGGUGACGUUUUCACAGAACUUAAAAAUCCAGAUGCAUUUUAGUCGUAUUUAGUUAUAAUAUUGCGACGAAAUAUGUUAAAAAUUGUAAUAAAAAAACGUACAUUUUUUA